CCGCUCCGGACCCGCAUGCGCACUGGCUGGAGGGCGGGGUCUGCGUAUUGACAUCCGGGAGUCUGGUUGCCUGUGGCUGUUUUGUUUUCUUGCCGAACUGGAGUAAAGUGAGGCCACCGAACGCGCGGCGACUCCGGGCUCCAGACUUGGACUGACCUGAAAAGAUGUCUGGAUUUCUAGAAGGCGCAAGGUGUUCGGAAUGCAUGGACUGGGGGGAGAAGCGGAACACCAUUGCCUCCAUCGCCGCUGGCAUUCUCUUUUUCACAGGCUGGUGGAUCAUCAUCGAUGCAGCUGUUAUGUAUCCCACCAUGGAGGUAUUCAACCACUCAUACCAUGCUUGUGGCGUCAUAGCAACCAUAGCCUUCCUCAUGAUUAACGCGGUAUCGAAUGGACAAGUGCGAGGUGACAGCUACAGUGAAGGCUGUCUGGGCCAGACAGGCGCUCGAAUCUGGCUCUUCAUCGGUUUCAUGUUGGCCUUCGGAUCCCUGAUUGCGUCCAUGUGGAUUCUCUUUGGAGGUUAUGUUGCUAAGGAAAAGUCCAUAGUGUAUCCUGGAAUUGCUGUUUUUUUCCAGAAUGCCUUCAUCUUUUUUGGAGGGCUGGUUUUUAAGUUCGGCCGCACGGAGGACUUAUGGCAGUGAAGACAUCCACCUCUGCAGCACAGCCGCCCUGCAUGGGAUUUUUUUUUUUUUCCACUGCUCACCCAAUCUUUUGUAAUGCUGUUUUCUAAACUUAUUUCUGAGUCUAAAUCUCAGCUUAAAAUUGUAUAAUGCUGGAAUCAUGAACUCCUAUGUGAACUGCAACAGUCUAGUGUGGCGUCCCCUGAUCAGCUUGGCGGUGGGAGCGGAAACUGUUGGCAUGAGUAACUUUGUCAGCUUCUAUCAUGGUCUAAAGAGUCGAUUAGGGAGAAGUGGUGGAGUCUUGGGGGUGAGGGUUCGCUCUGGGAUCCAGUGUUUCCUAAGCACGGCCUCUUUUGUGUCCGAUGUUGAAUAAUGUAUAAACAUUUUCUUGUUAUUAAAAACUAUCCAGUGGUCGGA